AUGUACUUGACUACUUGCAUCGUCGUUCUAAUUCUCCAGAUAUUCUCUUUUAGUUUCGCGAUCAUAGACCCUGUGACUGGCAUCGAAAGGGAACGAAUAGUAUGUCCUUCCAAAACAAUGGUUUAUGGUCCCGGGAUAAACCCCAGUUUCACGGUGCCUGCGAGAUUUUUUUUCAUCCAGGCAGUUGAUACAGAAGGUCAAAAUUUCACGUAUUCUCCGGGUCCAAAUGCAUUUGUUGUGUCUAUUCAGCCAAAACAUAAAAGAGGACGACUUUGGACACAAUUACUUGAUCGAAACGAUGGUUCUUUUAUUGUUCGUUACCGUCUAUAUGACAGCUAUGACGAUAUAGAAAUUGACAUUAAAAGUGGUAGAAAAGAUGUUGCACAGUCUCCUUACUUACUUACAGGUCACAUAUACCAUGAAGACUGUUACUGUCCAACAGAAGAUGAAAGUGAUUGGUUGGAUGAUAUGCAGUGUGGUGAUGAGCUUCAUCCCCAGAUCAAAGAAGAUCUUAAAAUAUUUUCUCAAGUUGAUCUAGACAGACUAGCCAGUGAAGCACCUGACAGAUUCAAUCGUCACAGUUUAUGCCACUACUCAGUUAUUGAUAACAAGAUUUAUAGAAAAACGCAUGGUGAACAUGUUGGCUUUAAAAUGUUCAUGGACGCCCUGUUAUUGUCAAUGACAAGAAAGGUGAAACUACCAGAUAUAGAAUUGUUCGUCAAUCUUGGAGAUUGGCCACUAGAGAAGAGAGCAGCAAACAAUGAUCCUCUGCCUAUAUUCUCUUGGUGUGGUUCAACUAAUAGUAGAGAUAUCGUUAUGCCAACUUAUGAUUUGAUGGAGUCUACCUUACAGACUAUGGGAAGGUAA